AAAGCUUCUCGCAGUCACAAUUUUACUUCUCGAGCAGUAAAGUCUCAUUUUUUUGUUGCCAUGAAUUGUGAUAAAAAGUUUUUAUUCACUUUGCGGCUUGAAACUGGCGGAUAUGCACUUGGAUUACUGCAUUCUGGGGCUAGUGUUGCUGUCUUGGUGCUUUAUUUGAAUCACUUACAGAGGUUCUCACAUAUACCCGUGUGGUGGGUGCUUGUUUUGGGGGUAUUUUGGGUUUUUCAUUUUGUGGCGUCAGUGAUGUUGCUGAUUGGGACUGCGAAGCGCAAAUCAUCUUUCUUAAUCCCCUUCAUCGUCCUCUACACCAUCAUAUUCACCAUAGUCGCAACAUUCGCAGCCUUUUGUGUCCUCGAAAUCAUCGCAACCAAUCCAAGAUCCGAGCACAAGAAGGUCAACACCCAACAAAACAUCUCAACAUUAGAAAUGAAGCGAAAAAUGAAAGAAUUUAAACAGAAUUCAGUUUUUAACCUCAAAAUGGAUAAAAAGGAUCACAUUUUAUUGAUAGUUGUAGUCACAAUAAUUUGUCUGCUUUGUGUUUACAUCUUGUCAUGCGUUUGUGCUUUGUAUGACAAGUUAAAGGAGUAUCCAAAGGAGCACAAAAGCUUGCCAAUUCUCGGGAAUAUUGUGUACGGAGCUGUAAAGAAAAGUGAAAGCAGCGAGUCUUAAAGAAUUGUUAAAAAAGACUUUUUUUUAUUAUUGAAAUUUUCAAAAUUAGUUGAAUUUGGACUGUUAAAAAUUAUUAAAUGAAUAAAAAUUGUAGUUAAAAUUAAUUUUGUAGCAUUAUUUGAAUUUUUUUAGCACCUCUAG